AUGAACCGCAUCGGGCCCUCCACUUCAGAGCUCUACGUCGCCAACGCGGACGGCAAAUUCGUGACCUUCAUCACCGAGCGCAACGGCGACGGCAACCCGGACCUCUACCGGUGCAGCUUCUCGUCUGCCGGCACCGGAAACACCACCUCUGCCUCGUGCUCAAGCCUGGAAAAGCUCAUCGCCACGCCCUCGGUCGAAGACGUGGGCGCCCUCUCCCCAGACGGAACCAAACGCGCCUACGUCUCCACCGAGAACGGCUACCGCGCCAACAUCUGGGUGCUCGACAUCGCCACCGGCACCUGCCGCAACCUCACAAACACCCCCGCCAUCGCCGGCGACCCCUUACUACCCGACGGCCACUUCAGACCCAGCUGGUCUCCGGACGGCGAGUGGAUCGCCUUCGCCUCGGACCGCAACACGGCCUGGCGCGGGCACGGCAACGGCACGGGCUGGGAACACACCCAGGAGCUCUCCGUCUACGUCGUCCGGCCGGACGGCUCCGAUUUCCACCAGGUCGCUACCAAGGCGGGAUACUGUCUCGGAUCGCCGAAAUGGAGCCCCGGCGGGAAGAGAAUCCUCUACUAUGAGAUCACGACCGAGCAGACUGGUUGGCUGACGACAGCAUCUCGGACGGAUCCAGCAGCAGCAGCAACAGCAUCGCCUACCCUAAUCAAGGGCGGCGACAACGAAGGGUACAACUACACCUCGGGCGCCCACGCCCCCGUCAAAGCCGCCAUCCGCUCCCCGGCCUGGUCCCCCGACGGCCGCUUCGUCAUCUACGAAAAAGUAGGCUUCACCGCCCGCGCCAUGGAGAAGCCCCUCUACAGCUGGGACGCGGACUGGGAAUACCGCUCCACCGACGUCUUCCCCCAGCUCUCCCUCCAGGGCCGCCUCGUCAUCACCCAGAAGCAGCUCGGCAACUCCUCCAUUCUCGUCUUCGACUCCUCCCAAACCGGCGAAAUCGACGCGGCCCUCGUCGCAAAGGGCCUCGCGGGCGCCUUCCAACCAGCCUGGUCCAGCGACGGCAGUCGGAUCGCCUUCGGCCUCGGCUCCUGGUUCCAGUCCCGCGCGACAGGCAAAGCCCGCGUCUACCGCACAACCUCCAACGGCAGCUUCUACGAGGCCCUGACGGACGGGACGGUCCACUCCGGCUUUCCCUCCUACAGCCCGGACGGCCGCAGCCUCGUCUUCCGCGAGUGGGGUCUCCGCUACGGCCUCGGCGUCAUCGACCUCGAGACCAAGACGGUGCGCAGCCUGACCAACGCGACGGACAACCUGCCGUUUUGGUCGCCCGACGGCGAGCGCAUCGUCUUCACGCGUAAGACGUCGGCGACCAACUUUGAUGUCUGUAUGAUCCGGCCCGACGGCACGGAUCUGCAGACGCUCACGUCCAACGGCGCCAACGACGCGCACGCCGUGUGGUCGGCCGACGGGCGGAUCCUGUAUUCUAGUGGGAUGUACGGGUUCCGGGAUGAGGCGGCCAUCUAUGAUCAGACGUUCCAGCCGUACGGGCAGAUUCUCGUCAUGGACGCGGAUGGGUCGAAUAAGAGGACGCUUACGGAUAGUUUGUGGGAGGAUUCUAUGCCGUUGUAUGUGCCCAACGAGUUUCUCGUUUAAGAUAUUUGGUGGCUUGAAAGCCCGCUCACUGUAGAUAAGUUGCAGUGUAAACACCAAAGUCUCUGUGCAAGUACUUCAUCAUGUGCAUGUUUUAAUUUAUUACGAGUGGCCAAGUUGAAGAGAAAACGAAACCCCCAACAAAAGGGGCUUGCUAGACAUUCAGAG